UUUGCAGUGGAAGUCCUGCAGAACUUGUAUGACGAUUAUCUAGCUUAUUGUUUUCUUUGUAUUGAGACAGGGGAUGUAACUUGUUUAGCCACUGUUCCGGUGGACAUGAAAGCAGAAGCCCACUUCAUUGCAAAGGAGGAUGGGGUCAUUGCUGGAAUUUCUUUUGCAGAGAUGAUUUUUAAUGAGGUUGAUCCAUCAUUAAAGGUUGAAUGGUCUCAGAAAGAUGGAAACUAUGUUCACAAAGGCAUGCAGUUUGGCAAAGUAUAUGGACUGUCUUCAUGUAUUCUUCUUGGGCACUUGUUCUUAUUGGGCAAAAAGACAGCGCAGCUAAGACUGUAUUGGGGCUUGAUAGGUGAAGUUCCUCUUGGAAGAGUGCCUUGAGAAAUUACUACUUACAACCUUGUAAGUUGUAACUGACUCAAAAAGACAGCUACUACCACCACUCCUUCAGAUAUGGUCCAUUUAAUUUCCUCACUGCCUAUUUAUUCCAAGGAAUCUUCAACAUGAUGUUAUGUGUUGGAACAACAAUACUUCCACUACAGUUCAUUUAUAGGAUAUCUAUACCUUACCAUCGGACGAGCAGAAUCAAGUUCCAUGCAAGAUGCCAAUUUCUGAUGGAUUUGGUAGUCAAAUAAUAUCAGUUCUCCACCAGGGGUUUGAUACAUGAUCUCUUGGGACCUCCCAACUCAGGUGGAAGACGCUGAUCAUGUCAAUAUACUCUUGCAAAUGCUAAUCCAUAUGGAUGUACUUUCUCAAAAGAACAUAAUAAAACUAUAGACAUGCUGCCACAUCCUUUUUACCACACACAUACACACAAAAAAAUAAAAAUAAAAAUAAAAAUCCCUUGAUUG